UAGAGACAGGGUCUCACUUUGUCACCUAGGUUGGAGUGCAGUGAUGUGAUCAUGACGCACUGCAUCUUCAAUCUCCUUGACUCAGGGGAUGCUCCUGCCUCAGCCUCCUGAGUAGCUAAGACGUUAGGCACACACCACCAAGCCCAGCCAACCCAGGUAUUGUUAUGCUUCCCAGGCUGGUACUCAAACACUUGGCUUCAAACAAGGUCCUUCCGCCUUGACCUCUCAAAGUGCUGGGAUUAUAGGCAUGAGCCACCUUGCCCUGCCAGGAACAAGUCAUUUGAUUUGAACUUGCCCGAAAUUAAAUCAAACAAUUAAUUAAUUAAUUUUUUGUAUUGUUUCCGAGGUUCCUCUUGUUAAUGAUUUCAAGUUUUUUUCCAUUGUGGUUACAAAAGAGAUGUGAUAUGAUUUCUACUUUAUUGACUUUGUUGAGACUUGUUUUGUGGCCUAAGAUGUGGUCUGUUCUGGAGAAUGUUCCAUAUGCUGAUGAAAAGGUUGUCUGUUCUGCAGCAGUUGGGUGAGAUUUUUUAUGUCAAUUAGGCCUAUUUGGUCUAGUUUAACUCCCCUGUUUCUUUGUUGAUUCUUUGUCUGUAUGAUUUGUCCUUUCUUGAGAGUAGGGUGUUGAAGUCUCCCUACUAUUAUUAUAUUGUACUCUCUCUCUCCCUUUGUGUCUCUCAAUAUUUGCUUUAUAGACUUGAGUAUUCUGGUAUUGGGUGCUUAGAUAUUAUUAAUUGUUAUAUCCUUUUGCUGAAUUGACCUGUUUAUUAUAAUAUAGUGACCUUCUUGGUCACUUUUUGGAGUCUUUGACUUAUAGUCAUAUUUUACUUGAUGUGUUAACUACUCCUGCUCUUUUCUGGUUUCCCCUUGCGUGGAAUAUCUUUUUCCAUUCCUUCACUUAUAGUGUUAUAUGUGUCUUUGUAGGUGAAGUGGAUUUCUUGUGGGCAUUGUAUGAUUUGGUCUUUCUUCUUUAUCCAGUCAGCUACUCUGUGUUUUCUAAUUGGAGACUUGAGUUCAUUUACAUUCAGAGUUAAUAUUGAUAAGUUUAUACCAUGGAUAAGAUAAAGGAGAAGUGUGACAGUUACAAAGAUGAUCUUCUGCUUAGGAUGGGACUUAAUGAUAAUAAAGCAGGAAUGGAAGGAUUAGAUAAAGAGAAAAUUAACAAAAUUAUAAUGGAAGCCACAAAGGGCUCCAGAUUUUAUGGAAAUGAACUCAAGAAAGAAAAGCAGGUCAACCAACGAAUUGAAAAUAUGAUGCAACAAAAAGCUCAAAUCACCAGCCAACAGCUAAGAAAAGCACAAUUACAGGUUGACAGAUUUGCAAUGGAAUUAGAACAGAGCCGAAAUUUGAGCAAUACCAUAGUGCACAUUGACAUGGAUGCUUUCUAUGCAGCUGUAGAAAUGAGGGACAAUCCAGAAUUGAAGGAUAAACCUAUCGCUGUAGGAUCAAUGAGUAUGCUGUCUACUUCAAAUUACCAUGCAAGGAGGUUUGGUGUUCGUGCAGCCAUGCCAGGAUUUAUUGCUAAGAGACUCUGCCCACAACUUACAAUAGUGCCCCCAAACUUUGACAAAUACCGAGCUGUGAGUAAAGAGGUUAAGGAAAUACUUGCUGAUUAUGAUCCCAAUUUUAUGGCCAUGAGUCUUGAUGAAGCCUACUUGAAUAUAACAAAGCACUUAGAAGAAAGACAAAAUUGGCCUGAGGAUAAAAGAAAGUAUUUCAUCAAAAUGGGAAGCUCUGUAGAAAAUGAUAAUCCAGGAAAGGAAGUUAAUAAACUGAGUGAGCAUAAACGAUCCAUCUCUCCGCUACUUUUUGAAGAGAGUCCUUCUGAUUUGCUGCCCCCAGGAGAUCCUUUCCAAGUGAACUUUGAAGAACAAAACAGUCCUCAAAUACUCCAAAACUCAAUUGUUUUUGGAACAUCAGCCGAGGAAGUGGUAAAGGAAAUUCGUUUCAGAAUUGAGCAAAAAACAACAUUGACAGCCAGUGCAGGCAUUGCCCCAAAUACAAUGUUAGCAAAAGUAUGCAGUGAUAAGAAUAAACCAAAUGGACAAUACCAAAUUCUUCCCAAUAGACAAGCUGUGAUGGACUUCAUCAAGGAUUUACCCAUUAGAAAGGUUUCUGGAAUAGGAAAAGUUACAGAGAAAAUGUUAAAGGCCCUUGGAAUUAUUACAUGUACGGAACUUUACCAACAGAGGGCAUUGCUUUCUCUCCUUUUCUCUGAAACAUCUUGGCAUUAUUUCCUUCAUAUCUCCUUGGGUCUAGGUUCAACAUACCUGACAAGGGAUGGAGAAAGGAAGAGUAUGAGCGUUGAGAGGACAUUCAGUGAGAUAAAUAAAGCGGAAGAACAAUACAGCCUAUGUGAAGAACUUUGCAGUGAACUUGCUCGAGAUCUACAGAAAGAAGGACUUAAGGGUAGAACUGUUACCAUUAAGUUGAAGAAUGUGAAUUUUGAAGUAAAAACUCGUGCAUCUACAGUUUCAUCUGUUGUUUCUACUGCAGAAGAAAUAUUUGCCAUUGCUAAGGAAUUGCUAAAAACAGAAAUUGAUGCUGAUUUUCCACAUCCCUUGAGAUUAAGACUUAUGGGUGUUCGGAUAUCUAGUUUUCCCAAUGAAGAAGACAGGAAACAUCAACAAAGGAGCAUUAUUGGCUUUUUACAGGCUGGAAACCAAGCCCUGUCAGCCACUGGGUGUAUACUAGAGAAAACGGACAAAGAUCAGUUUGUAAAACCUCUAGAAAUGUCUCAUAAGAAGAGUUUCUUUGAUAAAAAACGAUCAGAAAGGAAAUGGAGUCACCAAGAUACAUUUAAAUGUGAAACCGUGAAUAAACAAAGUUUCCAGACAUCACAACCAUUCCAAGUUUUAAAGAAGAAGAUGAGUGAGAAUUUGGAAAUAUCAGAGAAUUCAGAUAACUGUCAGAUAUUUACCUGUCCUGUUUGCUUUAGGGCACAAGGGUGCAUCAGUCUGGAAGCCUUUAAUAAACAUGUAGAUGCAUGUCUUGAUGGAUCUUCAAUCAGUGAAAACUCUGAAGUGUUCUCGUGUUCACAUGUUUCUGCUACCACAGUUAACAAGAAAGAAAAUGUUCCUGCUUCUUCACUUUGUGAGAAGCAAGAUUAUGAAGCCCAUCCAAAAAUUAAAGAAGUGUCUUCAGUAGAUUGUGUAGCUUUAGUAGAUACUAUAGAUAACUCAUCUAAAGCAGAAAGCAUAGAUGCUUUAAGUAAUAAGCAUAUCAAGGAAGAAUGUUCUAAUCUCCCAGGCAAGUCUUUUAAUAUUGAACACUGUCAUCAGAAUUCUUCUUGCACUAUUUCGUUGGAAAAAGAAGAUGUUGGAUUAUUAAGCAGACAAGAAUCCUGCCAGCCUUACUUAUGUGAAGUGAUAACAGGCCAAGCUCUAGUUUGUCCUGUUUGUAAUGUAGAACAAAAGACUUCAGAUCUAACCCUAUUCAAUGUGCAUGUGGAUGUUUGCUUAAAUAAAAGUUUUAUCCAAGAAUUAAGAAAUGACAAAGUUAACCGAGUUAAUCAACCCAAAGAAAGCUCCAGAAGUACAGGUAGCUCAAGUGGAGUACAGAAGGCUGUAACAAAAACAAAAAGGCCAGGAUUGAUGACAAAGUACUCAUCAAAGAAAAUAAAACCAAACAAUCCCAAACAUACCCUUGAUAUAUUUUUUAAGUAAACAUUGAACAUUUCAUCAUUAAUUUUAAAUUGAAACUUGUUAUUUUAUAAUCAGUGAAUUUGUUCUUUCUGAUUUUAAGUUUGCAGAUUUAUUUAGUGAAGGCAAGUGCAAUAAUCCUUCCUCAGAUGAUGUUUACUUUUCUAAGAUAUAUAUAUACUGAUUCCGUAUAUCUUUUUUAUAACCAUGAGAAUUUUACUUCCAUUAUACAUCAAUUGGAAAUUAAUCCUGUUAUGAGAUAAUUUUUAAAAGGAAAAUUAGGAAUGAGAUAAGGUGGUGUUUUUUUAUUAUUUUUAUACUGAAUAUAAAAACAUAUUGGUAAGGACUCUCAAAGAUUUACACAAACCUAUAUUAUAAGAAUUUUUCAGCACUUAACUGCUUUGUUGGCAUUGAUCCUAGUAUCUAAAUACUUCAUGAGCAUUCAUAAUUAAAAUUUAUCUUAAGUUCUGUGAAGAGUAUUAACAUAACUAGUACAAGUGGUUUUCUUCAGGAAAAUAAAUAUCACAGUUAUUAUCUGUGUUAAAAUGGUUUUUGCCUAAAAUAUAAUUUUUAAUCUGACUUUUCUUAUUUAGAAUUCCGUUAUCUUAUGAAUAAGCACUUGAAUCACUUUUUAAAAUAUUUAGUCUAAGAUGAUUCAAAGUAGUUUUAUUUUAAUACAGGACUUUUAAAUGGCAGUAUUUCAUUUCUUGUCAAUUAUGUUGGUACUCUCCACAAAUCUAUAAAGAAGGAUGAAUUGUACAGUCAUUUUUAAAUAAUCUUCAAGAGAAAAUGUGUAAUUCAAAAGAUUAAUGUGUAUUAAAACACAUUACAUAUCUUAGUUACAUUUCUAUCAACAUUUUUAUUAAUAUUUGUGAAAGAAGAGAGCUUAAUAGUAGUUAGCUUAAGUAGUUUCUCCAAAUACUUUUGUGCUAUCUAUGAGUUCUUCUCAAAAAAUAAUUAUUUAGGCCAGGCACAAUGGCUCAUACCUGUAAGGACAGCACUUUGGGAGGCUGAGGUGGGCAGAUCACUUGAGGUCAGGAGUUUGAGACCAGCCUGGCCAACAUAAUAAGACCCUGUCUCUACUAAAACGAAAAAAAAAAAAAAAAAAUUAGCCAGGCUUGGUGGCACAUGCCUGUAAUCCCAGCUACUCAGAUGGCUGAGGCAGGAGAACCUCUUGAACCUGGGAGGUCGAGGCUGCAGUCAGCCAAGAUCUUGCCACUACACUCCAGCCUGGAUGAAGAGCGAGACCCUGUCUCAAUAAUAUAGUAAUAGUUAUUAUUACUAUUUAAUUGUAACAUGAAGUUGGAAGCCAUUUUCUGUUACUUCUUUAAGGAGCUAAAUCUUUUGUUCUCUUAUAUUUUUGUUUUCUCUCCUCUUGCUUUUCAUAUUUUAGCUUAUGAUCUAAAUAUAUAUUUUAUAUAUUAUAAUAUUUUAGGAAUAGCUUAAUUAAGAACUCACAGACUUUGGCAAAGUGGUAACUGGACUUUUAAUUACUAGAUUGUUUAAAUUAGGCUUAAUGCCUGUUAGCAUGCCAAUCCAAUCCCAUGACUGAUGUUAUUAUACACUGUGGCAAAUACAAAGUUGUAGUGUUAUGGUUCUUGAUCAUGUGAUUUACUUAUGUAAAUUCUGUACAAAUUUAAGUUCAAUGAAAUAUUUAAUGCACUGAAAGGUAAAUAAUACCAUAUUGAAUUAUUUUCUGUCUUGCCUUAAGUUUAUUUUUAUUAUCUUCAAUAUUAUAUUAAAUGCUAAAUUAUUUUCAUUUAAGGAUUUAUUUAGUUGAAUGUUAAUCAUUUAGUAAUAUUUAAUAAUCAUUUGAAAUCAAAUUUAAAACUUUUAUAGAUCUAAUAGAGAUGGUUUUCUUACUUUUCCACUCUUCCUCCCUCUUAUGCCUUCAUUUUUUUUUCUCUGCCCAGAAUUUUCUUCACAUUCGUUACUACCUGUUUUGUCUAUUAUAUCCAACCCAUUUUCUUUUUAUUAUAAUUUUGAUUUGGGGCAUUUGAAGAAAAUACAGCAAAACUACAAGGACUGGUAAUAAGCAUGCAUAAUUUUACCUACUUAGUGAACCUAAUAUAAACCUAAUAUAAAGAACCACCAUAUUUGCAAUAUAUAUAACUGGUGAAAAACUAGUGUCCAGAAUAUAUAAAUGAUCCCUAUUAAUCAGUAAGAAAAAGACAGUCAAUAGAAAUUUGUACUAAAGACUUUAUAUGGCAUUUCAAAUGAAAGGAAAUCCAGAUGACCAAGAAACAUGAAAAUAUUCCCAGCCAUAUUAAUAUUUGGGAAGUAAAAAAUAAAACUACAGGGAGGUAUCAUUACAUCUCUACCUUAUUUACAAAAAUGAAAUGAUCUAAUGAUACUAAAUUUUGGUGAUGAUGUCAGCUCUUACAUUGAAAACAAUCACUGUGGAAAAAUUUGUCCUUCAGUAAAUUUAAAGAUAAAUGUGCUCAAAACCCAGCAAUUGCACUCUGAAGUAUACAUCUUUGCAGGCUGUCUUUCAUUACAGUUAUUUUUUUUCCUGUCAGGACCCUAACUAAUACAAUGCCUUGGGAAAACUACUGAACAUGUAUCCUAGAAAGCAUGUACAAGAAAGUUCUGCCCAGUCAGGAAGGUGGCCUAGAAAAAAAUUUUUUAGUGUUCAUAGCAGCACUGCAAUAUCCAAAAGUUAGAAAUGAACCAAUUAUUCAGCAAUGGUAGAAUGGUUAAAUUCUACCAUGGCAUUUGUGUUGAAACAAUAGAAUUCUACACAAUGGUGAAAAUGAAGGAAAUAGCUAACCACAACAUAGGUGAAUAUCACAGACAUAGCAUAGAGCAAAAGAAGCGAAUCACAGAGGGAUGCCAUCAACAUGAUUCCAUUUGUAUAAAGUUUAAAACAGUAAAAACUGAACAACCAUAUUGUUUUAAGGGUGAUAAAACUGUAAAGAAAAGCAAGUGUUUUCAUUAACAAGAUGAUAUUUUCCUCCAUCUCUGCAAGCUAGUUUCAGUUGAGAAAAAAAUACAUUUCUUUCUUCCAGGACCUUGCUGAACACAGCAAGAAAGAGCCAUCCCAUGCCAAAUUUUUAAUUUUUCUCCUAGCAUUUCCCCUAAGGCUACCGCCUCAAUCAGCAUUUGGUCUUCUUUCCAAAGAUAGCUGUAGACAGUUUGACCAAAUAUUUUGUUACCGCUUGUGAUGGUUAAUAUUGAGUGUCAACUUGAUUGGAUUAAAUAAUGCAAAAUAUUGUCCUGGGUGUGUCUAUGAGGGUAUUGCCAAAGAAGAUUAACAUUUGAGUCGGUGGGCUCAAGAGACAGAUCCACCCUCAGUCUAGUUGGGCACUCGUCUAAUCAGCUGCCAGCAUACCUAGGAUAAAAGCAGGCAGAGGAACGUGGAAGGACUACACUGGCUAAGUCUUCUGGCCUCCAUCUUUCUCCUGUGCUGCAUGUUUUCUGCCCUGGAACAUCACACUCCAAGUUCUUCAGCUUUUGGACUCUUGGACUUGCCAGGGACUAUGAGGCUUUCAGCCACAGACUGAAGGGCUGCACUGUCUGCUUCUCUACUUUUGAAGUUUUGGAACUCAGACUGGCUUCCUGGCUCCUCAGCUUGCAAACAGCCUGUAUGGGACUUCACCUUGUGAUUGUGUGAGUCAAUUUUCCUAAGAAACUCCCCUUCAUAUAUACAUCUGUCUUAUUAGUUCUGCCCCUCUGGAGAACCGUAAUACACCACCAAACAAGUCACCAGUUUUCCCGUCUGUGAUAUUUGUGUCCUGACUCCCUGAAGUCUUCUCUCCAACCCUAAGUCAAUUCGUUAUAUUAGGCUUUGUUAUUUGUAGUACCCUAUUUCUUUAUCAGUUCAGUCACAAGUUUCCUGGUGCCUCUUCCUCGUUGAGUCACAUGGGGACAUGCUUAAUUCUCCCAGAAAUGUGUGACAGCAUGUGUAAAAUAUUGCCAACCAGGGAAGCUCAACCAAUCCUUGGUGUCCAAGGUUUUUACUGGAAGUCAAUCACACAGACAUGCAUCACACAUGUGACUGACCUUACCUAUUAAGUCUCAAGACCCCAGAGGUGUAGUGAUACCUCAUGGCCCAGGGCUUCAGCCAUUCAAAAACAGACAUUCACCAUGAGUCAUACUGUUAGCAUAAACUAUCUCAUCAAACUAACAAAAUGCAGCCCAAGGCCUCAGGCAUACUAGAACACUAUUAUCAAACU